CAUUGUGAUAUCAAACACAAAUAUUAAAAAAAAAAAAAAAAAAUAGAAAGAAACAUGGCAGCAAUGUUCAUCACUAGAAACGCAAUCUUCCGGUUCUCAAAGGCAUUCCCUAGCGUACCUUCACUCCCCCUUCCUAAACCCUCCAGAGUCUUCGUUGCUUCUGCUUCCAACCAAUCAGACUGGAGAAAUUCAGCAGAAUCAACAAGAAAACCUUCAACCAAUUGGGCCUAUGACCAUUCUUCAUCAAAGACAAAACGUGAUGCAGAAAUAGCCGACAGAGCAAGAGAAACAAUGAGUGAAGGUGUAGAUUCUGAGGACAUCAAACAAUACUCACGUGAUGCAAAUGAGGACAUCAAACAAUUUGCACGUGAUACAAAUGAGAAGACAAAAGAUGCUGCAGGUUCAAUGUGGGAGAAAGCCAAAGAAGGAACAGACAGAGCUGCAGAGAAGGCAGAGAAUGCUGGAGAGAAAGCUAGAGACUAUGCUUAUGAGGUAAAAGACAGAACCAAUGAAGCAGCAGGUUCUGUGUGGGAUAAAGCCAGAGAAGGAACAAAUAGGGCUGCAGAGAAGGCUGAGAAUGCUGGAGAGAAGGCUAGAGAUUAUGCUUAUGAUGCAAAGGAGAGAACAAAGGAUGCUGCAGAGAAUGCUGGAGAGAGUAUAAGAGACUAUGCUUAUGAUGCCAAGGAUAGAACAAAGGAAGCUGCAGAGAGUGCUGGGGAGAAAGCUAGAGAUUAUGCUUAUGAUGCAAAGGAAAGAACCAAGGAAGGAGCGAGUUACAUGGCUGAUAAGACAAAAGAAGGAGCUGAGAAAACGGCGGAGAAGACGGGGGAGGUUGCUGGGUCGGCGACAGAGGCUUUGAAGAGUGCUGGGGAAAUGGCGAAGAAGACGGCCCAAGGAGCGUGGGAGACAGCGAAGGAUGCAACACAAAAGAUCAAGGAGACUGUUGUUGGAAAGGAUGAUGAUGAUGAUGAUCGUGGUAGUGGUGGUUCUGGUGUAGUAGUAGAUGAUGGUGUUCAUGAAUUGGGGAGUCAGCGUUAUGGCCAGAGUACGGGUUAUGGCCAGAGUAAGGGUUAUGGUCAGACUCAGAGCAAGGAUUAUUGAAAACAGUUUUAAUUAAUAUGAUCUUGUGUAUGUAUAUAUGUAUGUAUCUUUAUCAACUUUCAAAGUGCAGGUAUGUUUGUUAACAUGGGUUGCUUAAACCCCUCAAGAAAUUUCUUGUUUGGUACUUUUAAAUAA